AUGAUUGACGUCACUCGGGCCCCGCCCCCUCGGCGUCCGGCGCCAUUUUGGGAGGAAGAGGCGGCUGAGGCGGAGGAAGGAGCAACCCGGCAGCCGGUGAGAGGCGGGUAUGGGAUGAGCCACUUUGCGGCCUGGCCUUACAUGGAGCCUUUUUCCUGGCUCACAUCCCUGCCGGCUGGCAAGUGGCGAGAGUGUGAGGCAGGCGAGGCGGGCUUUGGCUCUGACCACUUGCCUGCCUCGCGCCCUUGCCGGAUGGGCGAUUCUCAGGCCGCGGCCUUAGAGCAGCAACAACCAUGGCAGCACCCGAUGCAGACCGCCUCCCAGUCCGGCCAAGCGGCCCUUGCAAACAAGAAACCCUAUGAAUGCUUGAAGUGUGGGAACAGCUUCACCAAUAGUUCAAAUCUACGUAGACAUCAAGAGACUCACACCAGGGGAAAACCCUAUAAAUGCAAGGAAUGUGGACAGAGUUUCACUCAUAUUUCAGGACUAUGUUCUCAUCAAAGGUCACACACUGGGGAGAAACCCUUUACAUGCCUGGAGUGUGGACAGAGCUACACUAAUAGUUCAAGUCUAUAUAAACAUCAAAGAACUCACACUGGGGAGAAACCCUAUAAAUGCUUAGAAUGUGGACGUUGCUUUACUCAGAGUUCAGGUCUAUGUUCACAUCAAAAGACUCACACUGGAGAAAAACCCUAUACAUGUGUGGAGUGUGGAAAGACCUUUGCUCGUAGUUCAAGUCUACAUACACACCAAAGGACUCACACUGGGGAGAAACCCUAUAAAUGCAUGGAGUGUGGACAGAGCUUCACUCUGAAUUCAAGUCUACAAUCGCAUAGAAGGUCUCACUCUGGGGAGAAACCCUAUACAUGCCUGCAAUGUGGACAGAGCUUCACUCGUAGUACAAAUCUACAUUCGCAUCAAAGGAUUCACACUGGGGAGAAACCCUAUAAAUGCCAAGAGUGUGGACAGAGCUUCGGUUAUAGUACAAAUCUACAUUCACAUCAAAGGAUUCACACUGGGAAGAAAUCUUAUGAAUGCCUGGAGUGUGGGAAGAGGUUCACUCAUAAUGCAGGUUUAUGUCGACAUCAAAGAACACACACUGGGGAGAAACCCUAUACAUGCCUAGAAUGUGGACAGAGCUUUACUCAGCUUUCAGGUCUACUUUCGCAUCAAAAGACUCACACUGGGGAGAAAUCUUAUACAUGCCUGGAGUGUGGAAAGAGUUUCAUUCACAGUUCAAAUCUACGUAAACAUCAAAGGACUCACACUGGGGAGAAACCCUAUACAUGCCUGGAAUGUGGAAAGAGCUUCGCUCGUAGUGAAACUCUAUAUUCACAUCAAAGGAUUCACACUGGGGAGAAACCCUAUAAAUGCCAAGAAUGUGGACAGAGCUUUGCUCAUAAUUCAGGUCUGCAUUCACAUAAAAGGACUCACACUGGGGAGAAACCUUAUAAAUGUCUGGAAUGUGGACAGAGCUGCACUCAUAGUUCAGCACUACGUUCACAUCAAAGGAUUCACACUGGGCAGAAACCCUAUAAAUGUCUGGAAUGUGGACAUAGCUUCACUCGGAGUUCAACUCUACGUACACAUCAAAGGAUUCACACUGGGGAUAAACCCUAUACAUGCCUAGAGUGUGGACAGAGCUUCACUCAGAGUGGAGGUCUACAUGCACAUCAAAGGACUCACACUGGGGAGAAACCCUAUAAAUGCCAGGAAUGUGGAGAAAGCUUUCCUCAGAUUUCAGGUCUACGUUCCCAUGAAAAGACACACACAGGGGAGAAAACCUACAGAUGCCUGGAAUGUGGAAAGAGCUUCGCUUGUAGUGAAACUCUACGUACACAUCUAAGGAUUCACACUGGGGAGAAACCCUAUAAAUGCCAGGAAUGUGGACAGAGAUUUGCUCAGAUUUCAGCUCUGCAUUCACAUAAAAGGACUCACACUGGGGAGAAACCCUAUACAUGCCUGCAGUGUGGACAGAGCUUCGCUCAAAGUUCAGCUCUACGUUCACAUCAAAGAAUUCAUACUGGUGAGAAACCCCAUAAAUGCCUGGAAUGUGGUCAGAGCUUCACUCAGAGUUCUCAUCUACGUACACAUCAAAGGAUUCACACUGGGGAGAAACCUUAUAAAUGCCUAGAAUGUGGACAGAGCUUCACUCAGAGUUCAGGUCUACAUAAACAUCAAAGGACUCACACUGGAGGAGACGACAGAGAUUGAGCAACUAAUAUUGGAAUUAACAGCAAAGACAUUAGGGAAAACUGAGGAAGAAGCAGAAAAGGAAAUUGACCAGAUGUUUAGGGUAAGAUCA